AUGCGGAUCCGUGGUAACGUGGGCCGAGGGGGAGAGUCGGCGCGUAUCAUCAUCGGCGGCGACGGUGUUGGUGGUGGUGGUGGUGGUGGCGCAACGGCCUUGCUCAUGUUCGUGGCAUGUACGGCCCUGUUUGCGCUGCUGGCCCUGACGGCCAAGGCAGAGCCGCCGGUCAACCAGUACCUGCCUCCCGACCAGUUGUACGGGGCCCCUAGUGGACAGCAGAGGCCACCACCGUCAUUAGGCGGGGGUGGUAAUCGCCCGGGCGGUGGCUCGAACCAGUACCUCCCUCCGAACCAACAGUACGGGCCGCCAAACGCGGCUGGACCGGUUGGACCAGGAGGCGUCGGUGGCGGGUAUCCCGGAGCCCCGGCCAAGUACGAGUUUGAGUACGCGGUGAACGACCCACCCUCGGGCAACGACUUUGGGCACAAGGAGUCGCGGGACGGUGACUACACGCGCGGCGUCUACUUCGUCCUGCUGCCGGACGGACGGAGGCAGAUGGUCGAGUACGAGGCCGAUCAGGAGGGAUACAGGCCCAAGGUCACCUACAUCGGGGGCGGAGGUGGUGGUGGUGCGGGGGGCGGUUAUCCCAGUGGGGGCCCAGGAGGCUAUCCUAGCGGAGGUGGGCAGGGUGGGUACCCGAGCGGAGGGGGAUAUCCUGGUGGAGGGUCAGGAGGCUAUCCCAGCGGUGGUGGCGGCGGUCCGGGAGGAUACCCGAGCGGCGGACAAGGUGGAUACAACUAUUAG